AUGAUUACGGUGUGUGAAAGCUUUUUCAUUUUUCUUGUUGUUGUGAUUUUCCGUAAUGCAAUCAUAAUUUUGCAGAUGUCAAAUAGAAAGCAGGAAUAUUCCUGUCACAGCGAUGAGAUCUAUCACGACAGCUACAAUCUCCAGCCCGGCUACGAAGUGAUUUUUUAUCAAAAAGAAAGAUUAAAAAAAGAACGUUUUUCCAGGAACCGCCCGGGGACCACUACUCAUCUGGUGAUCAAGGUCCCUAUGUGCUCGCCACGUUAAGAAAUGUCUUUUCCGAAGCGCCGAAUGAAGAGUACGAGCUGGUGUACGACGUGGAUGAUCGGACGUCUUCUGAAGUGAGAAUGGAGCAGCAAUCACCGCCAUAUCUCCCGGUUCCACGUCAAGAAGAGCAGGAAGAGGAAGAAGAUCAUGAGGAAGAAGAGGAUGAUUUCGAUAUCGACGACGAGGUAAUCGAUAUGUUUAUCUUUGAAGCUCCCAUCGAUUUUCGAUGUGUAAACCAGUCACCGCAUUCUUUUUCAGCAAGCAAAGCUGUUCCACUGCACGGAGUGCAACAAGACGUACACGUCGGAGCGCCGUCUAAAGCAUCAUCUGGUUGUGCACAAGAACAAGGAAGCGUACAAGUGUCCGACGUGCGGCUACUGCUAUCAAAGUCCGGACAGUCUCAAACGGCACAUGAAAGUGAGUGGUUACCUCAUGAAAACGUGAAAAAUACUAAUUACAGAAAGCCGCCGAAUGCAACCCGGACCUACAAAAAACAGCGCCCGAGCCUCGAACAGAACAAUGA